AUGACACAGUCAAUCGCCAAAGAAGCUGGCAUUAUCCAGCUGCCACUAUCAGCAACACAGAAAGCAGCCCCAGCAAAGCGUGCUCCGAAAGUCGCUGCACCAAGACUCAAACUCAUUGUUCGUCGUCUUCCUCCUGGACUUACACGAGCCGAAUUCGAGACUGGUCUGGGCGAUGAGUGGAAAGUAGGACGAGGCAAGAUUGACUGGUUUCAGUUCAAACCAGGCAAGAUCUCAAAAGAUCCCGCCAAACCAUCUCGUCCUGCCCGAGCCUACGUACAUGUGCUAUCAGAAGAAAUUAUUGGUUCCUUGUCGGACAAAGUCAGAGAUACAUCGUUCCAUGAUGCACGAAACACCUCGAAUGAUCCUGUUCUCCUUGGUCCGCCAUCAGUCGAAUUCGCCCCAUACGCACGAGUACCAGGAAGCCGCUCAAGGAAGGACGGAAGACAAGGAACCAUCGACCAGGACCCUGAAUUCGUUGCAUUCCUCGAAAGCUUGACGAACCCGAUCACGAAACCCAUUCCGGUCGAAGGCGAAGCAGAGAAGAAAGAAGAAGAAGAGGUUACUAUUACUCCCUUGGUUCAGUUUAUAAAAGAGAAGAAAGCAAGCAAAGCCAGAGACUCUGCAUCGGGCAAGUCUUCUAAACGAGGCGCCAAAGAGAAGGAAAAUAAGACCGAGAAGGUGGAAAGCAAGAAACUCUUAAAGAGACCAGACCGCGAAUCAAUAGCGGACUCUAUACCAGCAUCUCMAGAAAAGAAGCCAGUUACAGCAAAGGUUGAGAAGGCUACAAAGGAGGCCGUGAAAGCUGCCAACAAACAAGCUUCUGCCACCAAAACGAAACAAGCCUCCGCGAAAGAAGCAGCACAUACACCUGCAGAAACAUCGACGACUGAACGCAAAAGGGAGCGAGGCGAUGCGAGAGCUGCAGCAAUCAUUCUACAGCGCGAUUUGGGUCUCGCACCAUCUGGUGGUCGACGGCGUGGAAGAGCCGCUGCUGCAGCAACUACAGAGGGUGAUCGUGCCAAAGCUGAAGAGAAAGCAGAAUCUGUUCCCACAACACCUACGAUACCAACAGGGCCGAAGGCUCCCAGAACGAGCGCAAAAGCGGCCAAGGAUACUACGUCUAAAGCUGCUGCUACGAAAGCUGCCGCGACUACCACAGCAGCAACACCAAUAGAGUCCGCAUCUACGAUAACGGACAGCACCAUCCCAGUAACUACGCCUCGAGCACCAAAAACAGCAAAACAACAAAAGCCCAAACCCGCUGCUGCACCAUUGACCGCUACACAAGCAUUCCUCAAACACGCGAACCCAUCACAGGGCGUGACAGAAGAACUUCUCGACACCGCGUUUAGUGCUUUUGGAAAAGUGACUAAGGUCGAAAUAGACAAAAAGAAGGGAUUUGGUUAUGUCGAUUUCGCCGAAGCAGAGGGUCUCCAAAAGGCCAUUGCAGCUAGUCCUGUGACUGUGGCACAGAGUCAGGUCGUGGUUCUUGAGAGGAAGAACCCACCUGCACAGCAAGCUAAGGCAGCUGCUAAACCUGUUGAGACUGCUUUGCAGGCAUCGCCUACACCUCCUACUCAACAGCCUGGUGGUGGAAAUCAGAAACGGUCACGGGGGCCUCGCAGUCGAGGAGGCAGGGGAAAGGGAAAAGCAGCAGGUGAAGGAGAAAAUACAGGAAAGCCUGAGGGAACAGCGUGUUACUCGACGUUUACGUACAAACCAGUGAACCAAAACGGCGGAAUCGCAGGGGACUUCAGUAGUGAGGACGACAGGAAUGUUAGUGGCAGCAAAAAUUACGAUCCGAAGUAUCGCCCCAACUUUAUCUGGAUCAAUGAACCGCCCGGCGAUGUAAAGGCCAAGGAUUUUGCGGAACGCUAUCUGCUGCCGUUUGUCCACGAAGAUAUACAGCAGCUGGCUGAUAUCGUGCGCCGAGUAGUCGACUUCCCAUGUCCUGGCACUGUAUUUCGUGACGUGCUUGGUAUUUCUAGGCAGCGCAGUGGGCUGACCCUAACCACAUCGCUGCUACAAAGCCAUUUUGCCGGUCGCUGGCGCAAAUUCGGUGCGAUCGUGACUUGCGAGACCAGUGGCAUCGACUUUGCGACACCUUUAGUCGCGCAUACCCUGUGCGCGGUAUGA